AGGGGAAGGAGCCGCCGCCAUUUUGGCGCGAGGCGGGAGCUCGGAGCCGCUGAGGAGCGGCGGUUUAAUUGAGCGCUGAGGAGAUGGAUGGUGGAGCGCGCCCGGUUGGCGCCGGCGCUCCGGGGCAGUCCCGCGAGUACAAGCUGGUGAUGCUGGGUGCCGGCGGCGUUGGGAAGAGCGCCAUGACCAUGCAGUUCAUCAGCCACCGGUUUCCAGAGGAUCAUGAUCCCACAAUUGAGGAUGCUUACAAGAUACGGAUACGCAUCGACGAUGAACCAGCCAAUCUGGACAUCUUGGACACGGCAGGGCAGGCAGAGUUUACGGCCAUGAGAGACCAGUACAUGAGGGCUGGCGAGGGAUUUAUCAUCUGUUAUUCCAUCACAGACCGGCGCAGCUUCCACGAGGUGCGGGAGUUCAAACAGCUCAUCUACCGCGUGCGACGCACUGACGACACCCCCGUGGUGCUGGUGGGGAACAAAUCCGACCUGACACAGCUCCGACAGGUCUCCAAAGAAGAAGGCUCUGCUUUAGCAAGAGAGUUCAACUGCCCUUUCUUUGAGACCUCAGCUGCCUACCGUUACUACAUCGAUGACGUGUUUCACGCUCUGGUGCGAGAGAUCCGCAGGAAGGAAAAAGAAGCAGUCAUGGCCAUGGAGAAGAAAUCCAAACCCAAAAGCAGCGUGUGGAAAAGACUCAAGUCACCCUUUAGAAAGAAGAAGGAUUCUGUCACUUGAACAGGGAGAAUUCCUCUGCCAAAUGAAAAACUAAAGCUGGGAACAGCCAUUUGUAACCAAAGCGGUUCAGUGACAGCGUUUCGACAGCAGGUUUUAAAGCUUGGUGGGACUUUGAUGAGGGAAUGCAUCACUUCCAGCAGUUGCUUUAGUUUAGAAUGAUAUUCCCUUCAUUUUGGACAUUUAAGACACAAUAACACUUGUACUUUUGUUUGUUGUCUGUUGUUUUACUGGAUGCAGUUGUGUCAUUGGUUACAAAUGCUGGUAGGUAGGUUUGUGGCCCUGCACUUUGGAAUGUUUCUCUCCAGUCACAGCAUACUGGAAGCUGAAUUGUGUAAAAUAUUGCUGAAGUUCUACCCCAAACUAACUUAAUUCAUGGGUUUUUUUCCUAGUUGUUUGCACAAGAGAAAUGUUGCUGCUCUACAGAACAGUAACUCAUGUCAUGAGAGGCAGCUCAUCGAGCUGGGAAGUAGCUUACAGAGCAUCUGCCUGGCAGCCUUGCCUGUGUGUAGAUACCAUUGAAAGGAGCUGUGUUACAAUUCCUGUGUUCUCACUGAAGAGGUUCUUUUUCCCAGCAAAAGUAAUGUAGGGUAAUCAAUCAGCAGUGUUGGAGGUGGGCUUCUAAACAAGGCAGGAAAAGCAACUCGUGGUUCCUAUGGCAGCAAGAACUUGGCAGCAGUGCAUGGAUAUGUAGCAUUUUCUGGCUGUAUACAGCAUUUUCUCUGCUGCCAUACCCUGUGUCGUGUCAUGGUGCUGUAGUAGCCACAGCUUAGCAUUUUCUGGCUUAGUGACUUGCUGUCACAGUGUGCUGGCUUAUUUAUUUACAGUUUUAUGUUCUUGUCUCGA